UCGCGACUCGCGAGCCUUCCGGCCAGCUUCAGCCGUUGCCUCGCAAUCGCAUGUCGGCCGACGUAAUAUGCAAGCAUGUUUUCGCGCAGCGUAAACAAUGAGUACCUACGCUUCUUACUGGUCGUGUUUGCAUUUCUGCCGUGUAUCGUAGCCGAAACACCGGGGUGCACCCUGGUAAACAAAGACUCGAAAUCAGAGAAAGCGCUUUUGGAAGGGCUGCACGACUUGAAGGGCGAAACAUUCACUGUCGAGGACAGGGUAGACGGUAAACUGAAGAACGUCUACGAAAUCGGCGUCUGUGCGAGCGUGAACAAGUCGGCUCCACAAGUGGGAGCCAUCCAGCACGUCAUUGGCGACAAAGCCAAUCAGACAGUCGUGCUAGGCCAGCUGAAUUCUACCACGCUACUCGGAGCUCCCGGGUGGACUCUAGUCACUUACAGAAAUGGAGAUCGCUAUAACGGAUCGUGUAACAACUCCUCACGAGAAGUCCAGUUUGCUGUCCUCUGCAGUCCAAACGAGCAUCACGGCACCCUUCAGAUUGCGUCCAGUGGCCGUGCGGGAGAGACAGCAUGCUCUUUCCUUUUUGUGAUCAGCAGCAGUGUCGUCUGUUCGAAGGAGAAACACGAGCAGCACCAUCAUGGCCUCAGCGGGGGAGCUGUAUUUUGCAUACUAUUUUUCACAGUUGCCGGCAGCUACCUGCUCCUGGGUUUCCUGUACAAGCGCAUUGUUGUCGGAGCAAAAGGCCUGGAGCAGAUACCCAACUAUAGUUUCUGGAAGGAUUGCGGCAACCUGCAAGCUGACGGGUGCAACUACAUCUGCCGCUGCCAGUGCGAUUCCUCCGACGAGCACCGUUCCUACCGGGACAUCGACGACAGGCCACUGCGCCCGGACGAAGACAGGGACGACCAGCUGCUGACCAUGCAUUAGCUCUCUCGGGUUCGUGUGCAGCAUGCAUCGCCAAGUACUAGAUGGGAGGGUGAGGGAGAAAUAGGGAGAAAAGGUUUUGACUGCACGCACAUCACAUAGUUAGUACUGUCGUUGUUACAAGGCUGCUAUUCCGUCAUUUAGAUUUUAUGCAUUUCUUGAAGCAGAGGUUUUAAAUAUGUUUAAAUUUGAUGUUUAUUGUAUGGCUGUUCUCUCAUAAAGCCUCAUGCAUGGCUGGUGUGUGUGUCCCACUACUAGAAAGGGGAGAAAGCAUGCCAGAGAUGACACGGCUCAGUUUGCAAAACAUACAAAGAAAAGCAGCGUAAUAACUGUCUCCGCAUACCUCACGUGAAUAAUUGUGCGUGUGAGGGCUUAAAUCAUUUUCAUACCUUACCUACAGGUAUAUGAGCAGGUUUCACGACAGCUAGAAGACUGGUAGAUGUGAUAGAGUGCAAGGGCAGUGUGAGGGCUCUUGUGGGGAGUUUUCUGAUUGGUCUGUGUCUGAUGAGUGGAGCUCCAUCACCAAUGUAAUGGCUAUGGAGGCGAAGACUACAUUGCUGGCAGCCCAGGGGAGAAUCCAGCCAAGCGACAGUGUCUCUCCUGGUGGAAGCUGGCAACAAUUAUGAGAUGGAACAGAAAGUUGUUGCCUGAACGAGGCGUUGCUGCCCCCAGAAUGGCAUCACUUCCCAGCUGUUUGUCGUUUCGUACAUGGUCUCCAGUGGCCAUGAAUGCCAGGGCCCUGUGCCUAGGCUUCCCAUGACACUCUGGCAAUCAUCAUGGUUGCUGAUCGCGGCAUCACAUAAAUUGCUCGUGCUGCCUGGAGAUGUCAAACACAUAGCAGUGUUAAUUGUGUGCAUGGAAGCAGCUCACAAUAAGCAUACUGCUGAGCUAAUGCUUCGCGUGCUUGUGUACACUGUACGACAAGGCUUCGAAACCUUCUUUUUUUAGUUCUUGGAGAAUUGAACCUUGUGGUAUAUUUGCACGUAUGUGGUACACGUGGCUAGAAAUGUAUAGUACAAUUGAUUUGGUUUUGUGGAACUAGGCACGUUCCUGCACCACACUGUUAAACUGCAGUCCAUAAAACCAGCACAAGAGCUGUAUUCCCAGCUCGGUGAACACCUAUUAGGUAUAGUACUUUCAUGCAACACACCGUCUGGUGCAACGCAUGACUGGAGAGACUGGAGUUCUGGCCACUGGUUUGGCCAAUCAGCAUUCACCGAACAUGUCAUUCCUGAAAGCGAUAAGUGAGAAUGCCCGCUCUAGAAGCAUAUAUUGCGGGAAAAUGGCAGCCUUGGCAGAAGUCAUUGCAAGGGUCCUUUA